AUGUGUUGCUACAACAGAAGUGACAUUGAACUGUCAAGGGAGUCUCUAAAAAUGGAAGAAAAGCCUUCAGAAAUAUGGAAGAAAGUAAUAUACUUUCCAAAAAAGAAAAAUUUAACAAAGAAAUGGUGGGCUGAAUUCAAGAAAGUGUGGCACAUAGCAGGACCAGCUAUUAUAACUUCAGUGUCUGUAUUUUCAAUGGACUUAGUCACUGCUUCUUUUGUUGGACAACUUGGAGAUAUUGAACUUGCUGCAGUCUCUGAAGUUCAAAAUGUUCUAAUUGGCUUUGUACACGGAAUUAUGUUAGGAUUAGGAAGUGCACUCGAAACGCUAUGUGGUCAAGCAGUUGGGGCUGGAGAAUUCAACAUGCUUGGAAUUUACUUGCAAAGAUCAUGGAUUAUAAGUAUAGUUACAGCAUUGCUCUUGACACCGGUUUAUGUUUUCUCGUCUCAAAUACUGAACCUCUUACAUCAAGAUCCAAACAUAUCUGAUCUUGCUGGUAAAUAUGCAGUUUGGAUAAUUCCUGAAAUAUUUGCAAGUGCAUUGAAUUAUCCUACAGAGAAGUUUCUUCAAGCUCAGAGCAAAGUUUGGUUCAUGGCUUUUAGUUCAAUGUUGACAUUGGCUUUUCAUGUGCUGUUGAAUUGGAUUUUUGUGACAAAGUUUGGUAUGGGACUUGUUGGUGCUGCUAUAGCUGGGAAUAUAUCUUACUGGAUUUUGGUUGUGGCUAAGAUUAUUUACAUUGUUUGUGGUUGGUUUCCUGAGGCAUGGACUGGUUUUUCAUUUUUGGCUUUCAAAUCAUUAACCAAAUUCUUGAAGCUCUCAAUUGCCUCAGCAGUUAUGUUAUGUUUAGAGGUAUGGUACUAUACAGCAGUGAUCUUAAUUGUAGGAGGGUUGAAGAAUGCUGCAAUUGCUGUUGACUCAAUAUCAAUAUGCAUGAAUUUGCAAGUAUGGACACUAAUGGUUGCCCUUGGUUUCAGUGUAUCAGCCAGUGUGAGAGUUUCAAAUGAACUAGGAGCUGGAAAUCCAAAAGCUGCAAAAUUCACAGUUGCAGUCAAUGUCUUGACAUCAGCAAUACUUGGAGUUGUUUUUUCAGUUAUGAUAUUGGCCACAAAAAAUCAGUUCCCAAGAAUGUUCUCAAAACAGCAAAAUGUUAUAAGUGAGACAUCUAAGUUGGGUGUUAUUCUUGCAUUAACCAUCUUCAUUAGCAGCAUCCAACCUGUUCUUCAUGGUUGGUCUGGCUAUUGA